AUGACCGUGGGGGCAUUUAAGGAGCGAGAGCCCUGGGGUGCCCACUCCCAGGAGAGCACCUCCCUCAGGAGGCAGUAUCUCCCCUGGGUGCCCGUGGCAGGUCUGCGGCAGAGGACGCCAAAGAUGCCCAUGGAUGAGGAGGCGACAGCCCAAUCCCAGUCCACCGACAGGCCGCAGAGCCGGCAGAGGAGGCGCCAGAUGGACCACAGACAGCCACAGGGAGAGCCGCAGGGCAGACAGAGCAGAGUCUCAUCCCUCCACGGGGACAGACUGCCACGGCUCCCCUGCCCAGGAAGCUCGCAGGCCGCUGGGAGCCACCGCGCACAGACGGACAGCCUGGCGCGCAGGGUGGCACCGCCCUGCAGCAGGGUGACGCGGGACGAGGCAGACCGUCUGCCAGCCUUGCCGCCUCUCCCCAGGCAGGCAGCAGCACCCGGGCACGAACCCGCAGCUCGGCUACCAGGAGCUGCCAGCACCUGCCCCAAGCUGCCGCCUCUGCCAGCAGCACCCUCUGCAUCUUCUGCCAGGGGCAGGGAAACGGCCAUCAGCACCACACUCGUGAAUGAGGCCCUGGGCAAGCCUUUCACUGGGAGCCGGGGACCCAGGCAGCAGCCGGCGGGGGCAGCAGGGGGGACAGUCCCACAAGUGCCAGAGGACAAGCCAGGGGCCUUGGCCGAGGAGGAGGAGUGGGAAGAAGGCAGCAACAGAGAGCUGUCCCAAGGGGAAGACACCACCUUCUACAACAUCUGGGUCAAUGAGGCCCUGGGCAAGCCUUUCACUGGGAGCCGGGGACCCAGGCAGCAAGUGCCAGAGGACAAGCCAGGGGCCUUGGCCGAGGAGGAGGAGUGGGAAGAAGGCAGCAACAGAGAGCUGGAGAGCACCUCCCUCAGGAGGCAGUAUCUCCCCUGGGUGCCCGUGGCAGGUCUGCGGCAGAGGACGCCAAAGAUGCCCAUGGAUGAGGAGGAGACAGCCCAAUCCCAGUCCACCGACAGGCCGCAGAGCCGGCAGAGGAGGCGCCAGCCAGAGGACAAGCCAGGGGCCUUGGCCGAGGAGGAGGAGUGGGAAGAAGGCAGCAACAGAGAGCUGUCCCAAGGGCGGGAGACAGCCCGGUGCCUCGUGAAUGAGGCCCUGGGCAAGCCUUUCACUGGGAGCCGGGGACCCAGGCAGCAGCCGGUGCCACAGCGGGACCUGGCACAAAGCAUGGAUGUGGCAACGGCAGCAAGGACACCUGCAGCGCCUCAGGACACCGAGUCUCCCUUGGCUGGAGAGGAGAGCACCUCCCUCAGGAGGCAGUAUCUCCCCUGGGUGCCCGUGGCAGGUCUGCGGCAGAGGACGCCAAAGAUGCCCAUGGAUGAGGAGGCGACAGCCCAAUCCCAGUCCACCGACAGGCCGCAGAGCCGGCAGAGGAGGCGCCAGGCUCUCCUUCCCCCACAGGCAUGGCCGCACUCCCACACCCCCCAGCUCGACGGCGAUGGCCCUCCUUCUUCAGGAGGGCGCUCCGGGCUCUGCGCACAGCUUUCCGCUGUACCUGCAUCAUGGGACAGCAAGAGGAACAGCGCCCCGCUGCCAGCACCAUGUGGCUCUCCGAAGAUGGCAGCUGGCCCUGAGCCUGCAAGCAUCCACAAGGAGUGGCAAGGGGAGGCACGCGAGGGAUGGGUGCAUGGAUAGCGCCCCAGGCAUUCAGCUGCCCUGAGGACAUUCUGCUGCCAGCCUCCCUGCUACGAGGAUGAGGGCAAAGGCAAGCCACACAAACCUGAGCCAGAUGCGUGA